AUGUCAGGAGCCCGAUCCGUGGGUGUUUGUUAUUGAAUGUUGGGCGACAACCUUCCACCCCCUAAUGAAGUUGUGGCCCUCUAUCAGUCCAAGGAAAUCAAGAAGAUGCGACUCUAUGACCCCAACACCACAGUCUUAGAAGCCCUUCGAGGAUCUGACAUCCAAGUUAUGCUCGGCCUCCCGAAGGAAAACCUCACAUAGGCGGCAGCCAACACAUCCUAUGCUGCCGACUGGGUCAGGACCAAUGUCCAAGCUUACUUUCCUGCUGUCGAUAUCCGCUACAUUGUUGUUAGCAAUGAGGUAAUCCCAGGUCCUGAAGCUGGUAAUGUCCUUCCAGCUAUGCAGAAUGUAUACAAUGCAAUAAAGUCAGCGGGAUUACAGGACAGUAUCAAGGUUUCCACUUCUGUCGCCUCCAAUGUGAUAGGCACAUCUUAUCCACCAUCUGCCGACUCAUUCUCUUCCGAAUCUUCUUCAACGAUGACAUCCAUCGUUGGUUUCCUUUCUAGCACUGGAGUACCACUGCUAUUGAACGUGUACCCUUAUUUCAAUUACAUAGGCAACACUAGAGAUAUUCAACUGGAGUAUGCGUUGUUUACUGCUAAUUUUGAUGUGCUAAUAGAUGGUCAAUUUAAGUACCGUAACCUCUUCGAUGCGAUGGUAGAUAGUGUGUAUGCUGCAAUGGAGAAUGUUGGCGGACGGGGAGUCCCACUCGUAGCUAGUGAUAGCGGGUGGCCUUCUGUCGGAGGCGCUGCAGCCACAAUUGACAACGCCCAAACCUAUAACUCGAACUUGGUGCAACAUGUGGAUCAAGGAACUCUGAGGAGGGUGGGCAGACCCCUGGAAACGUAUGUGUUUGCAAUGUUCAAUGAGAAUAAUAAGGCCGCAGGGAUUGAACAAAACUUUGGGCUCUUCAAUCCCAACAAGCAGCCGGUUUAUGAUGUGAGUUUCCCUUAG